UAGACACUAUAAUAUUAAACUGAACAUAAGCAGAUACUUUUGUCAUUUCCAAGGCAAAUCCGUCUUGUUCAUGUCAAAAACAACAACUGGGAGGGAGAUGAUUGCAGUCCAGUUAUUUGUUAACGGUUGAUAUGUUCAUGUAUGCCAGUCUUUGUUUCAGAGUCCUUUGGUCUUAACAUGGUUUUACAAUAAAUCUUCUACUGUUCCGCAGAGUAAACGUUGCCUUGAAUGCCUGAGAAAUGUUUGCCUUUUAGCCUAUCUAUAACUCCCUAUUCAUUAGCUUGUGAAGUGUGUACCACUGUUGUAGAUCUAAGUCCAUUCUUUUCCCAUAUCUCUUUGCCCUUAAGAUAAAUGUAAUGAAAAGAAAUAUCUUACCAGUUCUGUUUUCUGUUUGUCACUGAAAGAUAAAACUGUGCUUAUUAUACUGUUCCCACUGCUGACUUUUCUUUUAAGAUCCUGAAAGGGCAGGUGUUUCUCACUUCUCCACAAGUAACCUUGUAGUUUAGUGUUAAAUAUAUGUUAAAAAGCAGAGUUCUCGGAAUGCUGAGGCCAGAAACACUGCAUUUUUUGCCUACAGGAAGUUGGGAGUGCUCAAGAGACACAAGCCAACAGCCCCGCUCGCUGUCCCACAGGCCUUACUACACAUUGCCCAAUGGUAGCCAUGAGAGGCGCUCUGUCCUCACCAUUACCGAGCCCCCACGCUUCCACUUCCAGGCCAAAGGAAAAAAUAUCCGCCUGGAUGCCCAUUCUCGGAAGGCAACCCGGAGGAACAGUUUCUGCAAUGGCAUCACUUUCACUAACCGGCCCAUUCACCUCUAUGAGAAAGUGAGGCUCAAGCUGGUCUCUGUACACCACGGAUGGAGUGGGGCACUGCGUUUUGGGUUCACCACCCACGAUCCAUCACUGAUGAGUGCAGACGACAUCCCAAAAUAUGCCUGCCCAGACCUGGUAACAAGGCCUGGCUUCUGGGCCAAAGCUCUGCCAGAGAGGUUUGCACUAAGAGACAAUAUCCUGGCAUUUUGGGUUGAUCGACAUGGGAGAGUUUUCUACAGCAUUAAUGACGAAGAGCCAAUUCUCUUUCACUGUGGAGUCAAAGUCUCUGGGCCUCUCUGGGCGCUGAUAGAUGUCUAUGGAAUCACCCAUGAAGUGCAGAUACUAGAUAGCAUGUUUGCUGAAACGAUGACUUCUACCCGUCUCAGCAAUGCCCGACUCAGCACUUGCCUUCCACAAAGCAGCCAUGAUUCAGCCAACUUCAACAACAAUGAACUAGAGAAUAACCAAGUAGUGGCCAAAAUUGCCAAUCUGAACUUGAGUCGUGUGCCUGGUCUGCCCACAGAUAACCACACCAUUCCUUGCUGUCCCAGCAGACGGCAGCUUGCCCAAGGGGUGCCUGCCUUUCUGGAUACCGAUCUGCAUUUCCACUCUACUCAUGGGCCUGACAUCAACUUUUCUCAGGACCGGAUGUCUGCCUGCACCAACUGGCAAGAGAGCAAUAGAACUUUGGUGUUUUCUGACCGACCGUUGCACAUUGGCGAAAGCCUCUUUGUGGAGGUUGGGCACCUGGGACUGCCCUAUUAUGGAGCACUCACCUUUGGCAUCACCUCUUGUGAUCCCGGUACUUUACGGACCAAUGAGCUCCCAGCAGAUCCAGACUUCCUUCUGGAUCGCAAGGAGUAUUGGGUAGUUUGCCGGGGAUUUCCAGUCCUCAACAAUAGUGACAUCCUCAACUUUGUGGUCUUGCCAAAUGGAGAAGUGCACCAUGGAAUAAAUGGGAUGAGUCGUGGGAUGCUGAUGUGCGUUGAUACCUCACAGUCGCUGUGGGUGUUCUUUACAAUCCAUGGUGUCAUCAAUCAGCUCAAAAUUUUAGGCACAGUCCAGUCCAGCCCAGUGACGGUCUCCCCCUCAGGAUCUCCAGGAGGUUCUCAGUAUGACAGUGAUUCAGACAUGGCUUUCAGUGUGAACAGGUCUUCUUCUGCUUCUGAAUCAUCCCUAGUGACUGCUCCAAGUUCUCCUUUGAGCCCUCCCGUGUCCCCUGUGUUCCCACCUCCAGAGCCCUCAAGCAGCAAGAAUGGGGAAUGCACCGUUUGCUUUGACAAUGAGGUUGAUGUGGUGAUCUACACCUGCGGACACAUGUGCCUCUGCAAUACCUGUGGUCUUAAGCUAAAGAAGCAACUCAAUGCCUGCUGCCCCAUCUGCCGACGGGUUAUCAAAGACAUUAUUAAAAUCUACCGUCCUUAACCUCUCUUCACCCCCACCUGGGUGUGAAUGAUGAGGAACAGGAGGAAGAUUGUUGUUAACAGUUACCAUACCUUCCUGUACCUGCUUAUGGGUUAUUGUGCUGGUCAGUGGUCCCAAGUGACUCUUUAGUUUCUAUUUCCACAUGUUUGACCAGUAGAAACAAAUCAGGGAUAACUAAGUGAACUGGGCAACACUCUGGUCCUCGCAGAGGCUGAAGGUACAGCUGUGGAGUGGAGAGAGCUUUGUAAAGGUGCUGCUCUAAUGGGUAAAAAAUGGGGUGUGGUAAGGCCUGAACCCGAAAUACUCUUAUUUCAAAAAGAAAGAACUCUCUUAUGGCAGUUGUUUUCAUUAAGAAAUAUAGCUGUCUUGUCUCAGGCAGGGGGUUGGAGUGAGCAAUCAUCUGACCAAUUUUUAAAAAUUUGAGCACUUUAACGCUACAUAGGAAAAUUAGCAAAUUAGCCAGCUUCUUAGUCAAUUUCAUGCAGAAAGGAGAAAACUUUAUUGACUAGAUGUUUUCUGUAGAAGUCAACAGAUGCAUCAGGCCGUGAAGCCUCUCCUGUCACCUUCUAAAGAGUGUUGAGAGGGCAGGAGACACCGGAUGACAUUGGCUCAUUUCAAGGCAUUCCUCCCCGCUCUCCUUUCACAGGCCAAGGGAGAGAGAGAGAGAGAGAGAUGUAAAGCACAGAAAUGGAAAUCACAUUUCAGAAUAACUGAAGGUGGCCUAUGCCAGUGUGACCUGCUCAUUCAUGGUUUAGUGCCCCACAUUUUCAGAUUGUAUCUUGGUCUGUGAAGCCAGACUAAGGAGCGAGACACUUGCAUGGAUGAAUAAGUCUGACAGUGAGAGAUGUAAACAGCUAUAAAUGUCCUCUGAGCACCAAAAGUAAACAAUCUCUGAACAGAGCAUUUUCCUCCUCCCUCAAUCCCCAUUUGAAAACUUCCAGCUGUUGUGCUGAGCAACUGCUGAGUACAUCUUGAGGUGAAGAGAUUCAUUUACUGGAAACAGUAAGCCCCAGCCUGCAUAAAAAAGAAUACUAGAUGCUCUGGAAGUUACAAAUGACCAUAGUCACACAACUGUGAAUUGUGGCAUGUACAAGUUUCCUUAUAAUUAGGCAGCAAAGGAGUGAGACUGAGGGAGAAUUUGGCAUUUCAGGUUUCCACCAUUUCCGUACUUGUGAUUUGUAAAUGCAUUGAUUGAUGUUUUCCUCCAUUCUUCACUAGAGAACAUGUCAACAAAGUAUACAGUACUGUGGGAGCUUUCUUUUCUUCCUCUCCAGGGAGUUGUCUUCUGUUCCACAAUGGAGGCAUCUUACUGAAAUUAAAAGGCCUUCCAGUUGGCAUUGUUUGCUGGAAAAGGAAUUUGCAAGCUAUUAUUAGAAGCUUGGUCUUAAAAGAUAAAUGAAACUUUAGUUGUGGUUAGAGAGCUCUGAACUGCAAUCACCUGAACAGUAUAUGAAACUAAAUUUGGACUUUUGGAAAAGAGCAAUAAAACCACCAGCCCACUGGCUAAUUUUCUUUUCUCGUGUUCAGCAGGAUCCUAUUGCAUUUCACAGAAAUCUGGCCAUACUCGCAGUAAUCACUAGAGGUCCUGACCUUUUUUACUCAACCAAAGUCUGCAUGAAGACAUUUUGUCAACUGAGAUGGAAAUGCAACAGCUCUGUCUGCCUUGAUUGUAGUUACUGUAUGUCAGUAUGCUACAGGUGCUCUCCAAAGCAGAAAUUGUUGUAUAUCUGUUGAUAUAUGCCCCAAUCCUUUGAACGACUGUGCUAGAGUAGCUUGUAGGAUCCUCAGAGAUGAAUAUAUCUCAAAUGCUCCCCACAUGGGAAACACAAGACCCAACUAUACAUGAUACAUAACUGCUUGGGUAAUUUCCUACUGCCCAGAUCAUCUCCCUAACAACUUAACUCUAUCCUGCUUCUCUGAUAUAGAACUAUUCAACAUGUUGACCACAAACUACAAUGGAUUUAAAUGGAGUUCUUUGUUAUAUUUGUUUCUAUCAUUUUAAGUUCCUAAAACCACAGGUGGAGAAAUAGUUGGAGAAAUAUACUAAAAAGGAAGGGACAAGAUAUAUUUCUGUAGGUAUGACAUACUUUAAAGCAAACUCAACCAUUUAAUAAUUGAUCAUUACUAAAUAACUGAUUGCCAAGGCAUAGUCACUACCUCCUUUCUACCGCCAACAUUUGGGACAGGGGUUAAAUAUUAUAGUAUCCCCCCCUCCAAAAAAAAAAAAACAACUCAGGCCAUAGCUCCUUCAAUUUAAUACUGCCAGCUGCUACAUGAUAUCAAAACCAGCAGGAAUAUUUGUCCCAUCUCUUUUGGGCUAGAAGUGUUUGGCCUUAAUUGGUCUGGAUCAGUAUGUGCCCCACAACAGCUUACUAGCUGCCACUGUGAUUACAUUUUGAGAAGUUUAAGUUUGCACCUUGGCGCAAAGGUGGAAAGGGUGUGUAUUGUCUUAAUUCUUUUGGUUGAAAUUGAUUUCCCCAAAAGAGCAGCAUCUCACAGAGCUUUGAGCAGGGUAAAUGAGUCCACUGCUAUGGAUUGUGAAGCAGAUGGAGAAAGAGCAAGAAUGGACACACAGCUUUACUUGACUCCAGCCUCACCAGGAAUUCUCAAAUUCUGACAUACCUUUUAAGAGAUGAAAGUUACUUAGCAAUUUGCUCUUGUUAUUGCUCUUCUUUUUUUUCCAACCAAACUCUUUUCAGAAGAUCUGUUUGUGCCUUAUAAGGGUGUCUGUGCACUUUGUAUCCUUUUUAAUGCUACUUUAAAUCAAAUGGAGAGAGAAAAAAGGAACUUCACCACAGGGGAUGGCUGGUAGUUUUAUAGAAUUUUAUGUGUUCACCAAGAACUCUGCUUUUUUCUUUUGAUAUUGGAGUGAAAAUUGUAUGUUUUCAUUGAAUUUUUGCUGCCACCCUCCUCCCCAUGUCCUCUUUGUAUAAAAAGCUUUUUAAAAAGUUUCCAGAUUUGUAAUACUUCUUAAUAUUUUUCUGGUUCAUGACUGUGGUCUGUACAUCACAUUCUAAAACAAGUCAGAUUUUGUUCUCUCUAUGAUAAGACUUUCAAAGCAAAUUAUUUGGGGAGGGAAGUUUGCACUUCUUUACAUGUUAAUACUCUCUAGCCUUGUGAUCUGUAGUGUGCGUGUGUGUUUUUUAUUUUGUUCUGUUUUAUAUUAAUAUAAAAUUUUACCUGUUUAUGAAACAAAUAAAAUGUUGGCUUGUGAGUA